AGAAAAACAAGGGAUCUUCUUAAAGGAUGUCAAUGCUGAUAGCUUGAGAAUAUUGGCUGAGCAAAAACUCAGCUUUUGACCUGAAAAAAGGUAAUAUUUCAAGCAAAAUGCUGCUCCCCCUCCCUCUUUACACAUGGUACCAGGCACAUCAGCUGUUCACAGUGAUCUCCCCUGGUAUCUGUAAUCUGGGGACCCAUCCCAUGGUGGCCAGCCCUUCUGCUUCCCACAGGGAAUGCUGCCACAGCCUGGCUUUUACCUCCUUGCACCCAGCACUGACAUUGCUCCAGGAGCUGCUUUCCUGCUGCUGCAGCUGCACACAGGGAGAUUUUAGUAGGAAACUACAAUGGAAGAAAAAGCGACUGCUUUAUUUUUAAUGAAGAGAGACAAGACACCAGCCCUUCUCCCAGGUCCCCUUUUGCUCAGAGCUCAGUCUCUGGUCUCUCGAAUCACCAGGCUCCCCAUGUUUGGUGUUUGCAGUUAGCAGGGCUGCAAAGCACCAGCCUGGCUGCCCUGGCUGAAGCCCUCCAGGGUCCCCAGGACACUGUAAAAAUCAGUUUCUUCAGGGUUUGACCUGAACCAAAUGCCAGUUUUGACCUUCCUCCAAACCAACGGACAGAGGAAGAAUUUCCAGCUGACUUGUAAAAAAUUAUUCAGAACACCUGAGCUGCCUGCCAGGCUGCAAUUUGCUUCCACACACCACCUGCACUCUCCCUCCCCACCCAUAGUUAUCCCUCCCACCUAAAUUCUCACUCCUUGGGUACAGCUAGCAGGUGUUUCUCCAUCUCUUGCAGCUGGUCAGCUUUUCCUGCUCUAUUUAAAGUGCUGCAGUGAGGUGCCAGCAGUGGCCUGAUUGCUCUGGAGAGUUGGUGGUUGUGGUUAAAUGAGCUGCUGCAGGAAACAAAGCUCUUCCCCUUUGGGUUUUAGGAAGGAGCUUUGGGCUCCUGGCCUGGCAGGGUGGGCUGGUGCAGGGAUGGGGAGUGUGGGCAAUGAGAGGUCUCUGUGCUCAGUGCUCAUGGACUGCUUCCCGUGCUUCAGGACUCAGCCUCUGGGAGGUGAGCUCCCAGAACUCAUCAGGCACGGCCGGGAGAGGAUAGAACAAACCAUCAAGGCCUCUGGCUCCAGGCUCUGCUCAUAUGCUGAGCGAGUUGUUUUUUUAAUGGAUCGCUCCCGGAGCCCAGACAAAAGCAGCCAGCCUUCAACACCAACUGACAACAUCAACCUCGGACCUUCUGCUAACCCCAAUGCCAAGCCAACAGACUUUGACUUCCUGAAGGUUAUUGGCAAAGGAAGCUUUGGAAAAGUUCUCCUGGCCAAACGCAAGUGUGAUGGGACUUUUUAUGCAGUGAAAGUCUUACAUAAGAAAACCAUCCUCAAGAAAAAGGAGCAAAACCACAUCAUGGCAGAACGUAACGUGCUCCUGAAAAAUGUCAAGCACCCCUUCCUUGUGGGACUCCACUAUUCCUUCCAGACCUCGGAGAAGCUUUACUUUGUUCUUGACUAUGUAAAUGGAGGAGAGCUCUUCUUCCACUUGCAAAGGGAGCGCUGUUUCCGUGAGCCCCGGGCCCGGUUCUACGCUGCAGAAGUGGCCAGUGCCAUUGGGUACCUGCAUUCCCUAAACAUCAUCUACAGGGACUUAAAGCCUGAGAACAUCCUCCUGGAUUGCCAGGGACACAUAGUAUUGACAGACUUUGGACUCUGCAAAGAAGGAAUGGAGCAAGAGGAGACAACUUCUACCUUUUGUGGCACUCCUGAGUAUCUGGCUCCUGAGGUGCUAAAGAAGCAGCCCUAUGACAGGACAGUAGACUGGUGGUGCCUAGGAGCUGUCCUCUAUGAAAUGCUCUUUGGACUGCCUCCUUUUUACAGCCGGGAUGUGUCUCAGAUGUAUGACAACAUUCUGCACAAGCCACUACAGAUCCAAGGAACCAAGACUGUGGCAGCUUGUGACAUCCUUCAGGGACUUCUCCACAAGGACCAGAAGAGGAGGCUGGGUGCCAAAACAGACUUUCUUGAGAUAAAGAGCCAUGUAUUCUUCAGCCCAAUAAACUGGGAUGAUCUAUAUCACAAGAGGAUUACUCCUCCAUUCAACCCCAAUGUGGCUGGCCCAGCUGAUCUGCGACACUUUGAUCCUGAGUUCACCCAGGAAGCCAUCUCUGCCUCCAUCACCCGCACGCCUGACCUGGCAGCCAGCAGCUCCAGUGCCUCAGAUGCAUUUUUAGGAUUUUCAUAUGCACCAACUGAAGAGGACAUUUAAGUUUUACAAAGGCUUUGUCAAGCCAUAUUUUAAAUGAAUGGGUUUUAUGGGUUUUUGUGGGUUUUUUGUUUUUAUUUUUUUUCCUUUUGAGAGGUUUGGUACUGUCCUUUGCUCAUGGUUUAAGGAAAUUGGCACUAACACACUAACUGACUGGGAUGGAACAGAGCUCUUAAUUUUUGCUGUUUGGUGGAUUUUGUCCCUAAAUGAAUGUUUCCCUCUCAGAAAAAGUGGGACACUGACUAUGAUUUUCCGUGAGUGUCUUGUGCUACUUGGCAGAAUUGUAUUCACUCUGUGGUUAUAUUUAUGGUUGAGGUAUGUGCCAUCAUUCACAUAACAGACAUGUCCCUGUAACUGGACACAUUUAUUUUACUUUCUUUUGUGGAGCUACGCCCAAUGUCUUUCUCAAAGCCCUCAACAGAAAAGGAAACUCUUCACAUCACCAUGAACAGUGGCUUCCUUCCCUUACUCUGUCACUCCAGCUGGUCAUCCUGGGCCGAGUGAAAAACUCUGUUCAUCAGUUAUUGUUCCAAAGGGAGCUGCAGAUUUUUAAGUCCUGAACUGCACUGUGGCCUUUCAUGCCAGUCUGAUCUCCUCAAAGUGAGUGGAUUAUCUUUCUGGCCCAGGAUUGGGAUGCUACUGAAGCAACAACGAGGCUGUGAUGGAGGAGCCAAUGUGUAGGAGGAAAAUCCCAGAUCAAGGAAGGGGUGGAGAAAGAGAUGGAGUUGCUUGGAAAAAUAAAAAUAACUUUAUAGCUGAACUCUGGUUGGGGGGGAGGGUGCUUUCACAGCCUGUGCUUGACCUGCCCCAAGCACACCAACACUACUGUGAUGAUCACAGGGCAGUGAACAGCAAGUGGUGGCCAUGCUCCAGCACUCACCUGAAAAUGCCCAUCACUCAUGUGGAACAGUUAUUUAUUCUGCCUUAAUUUAAAAGCUGGUGUACUCAUUGAAUGUCACUUCCCACAUUUCUUUUUAA